GAAAAAUUAUAAACGAUUUGACUUUUAAACGAUAGCCACUGGAAAAGCAUAGCUAAAUUUUGCUCUCCGCCCGUCCCACUCCUCUCACUCACCCAACGGUCCGCUGUUAAUAAUUUUUUUUGCAGAUAAAUUCAAUAAAAAAAUGCUGCUUUUACGUCGCUGUCAAAGAAUGAACCUCCGGCCGUUAGUGCGCCUCUGCUCCGCUGAACUUAUCCACAAGGAUGGUUUCAUCGAAAAGCUGCGACACAGCUUCGACGAGGACGAGCGUAGCAAUCUGGUGGUGCCAACGUUCAAAAAAGCCAUGCUCUAUCCGGACGAAAUAGCCGUGAAGGAUAUCAACGGGGAGUACACAUAUUUCCAGCUUUAUCUGGCCGCCAAGCGACUGGCCAUACAGAUAUCUAAUAUAUGCGGAAGUGCCUCUUUGUCGAAUGUGACAUACCUUUGCUCCAAUAACGCCCUCUGGGUCGCCAUCCAGUGGAGCUGUUGGAUUUCGGGUCAGGUGGCGGUGCCUCUGGAAUCCGGUCAGUCGAUGGACCAGCUCCGUCGCCAGGCAUCCGGCUGCAAGACCAAGCUGUUGAUUGCCACACCGGAGUUUGAGCCAAUUGCCCAGGAACUGUCCCAGGGACUCCAAUCGGCCACAAUCGUCCUGGAUCACACAUUUGUUCCGGCGGCGGAGAGCGUGUCUUCCACGUCCAUGUACGCCAAGCAGCUGGUGGGUACCCAGGGAGUCGUCCUAACAGAGAGCACCCUGCCGAGCGACUUCUACGCUGGAGCUCCGGCAAUGCUGCUGUAUACGCCCAACGCUGUUAACAAUCUGAAGCCGGUGCUGCUCACCCACCGGAAUAUCGAUGCACAGAUGCGAUGUUUGAUUGGAAGUUGGCGCCUGGGACCUUCGGACUGUAUGCUUCCCAUUCUUUCGAUGAACCGGAUGCACGCCGCUGUGGGGGCGGUGUUGAAUGUCGGCGGAAACAUUGUGUUGCAGCAGAAGUUCGACGGACACAACGCCUGGAGCGCCCUGCUUGGAAUCAACAGUCCCUCGAAGCAACGAGUCACCCUCUUCUUGGCCAUGCCCAUUGUCUACAAACGGUUGAUAGCAGAGUACGACAAGAUGUUCGCCAAGGACUCCCGUAUGGUUGAGUACAUUAUCAAUCACUGUCGCCAGAAGAUCCGACUGAUGGCCACCGCAUUUGCCCUGCUCCCGGACUCUGUGUUCUAUCGGUGGCGCGAGAUUACGGGUCAGAAUAUUUACGAGUACUACGGGAUGCUGGAAACGGGCCUGGUUCUGGGUCAUCCGCUGGAUGAUCCAUCGACUGAAAGUGGGAGCAGCGCUAAUACCGCUACUACAAGUGCAUCCAGUGCGACCCUGCCAAUGAAUCCUCUGGCUGUGCCCUCGGUGACUUCCACCUCAGUACCGACAGGGGCAUCUACUGCUGUCGCAAGCGGAGCUGCCAGCUCUAGUCCCAGCAGUAGUGUCACUAGUAUACCUCAAACGUCGGCCGGGAUUGGAAACGAGUAUCGCCCUGGGACACUGGGUGCCCCGUUAAAAGGAGUCACCGCCCGUUUGAUCAGCAACAAGGGAGCCGAGCUGAUAACAUGCAAAAACGAGCUGGGCGGAACAGUGGACCAUGGGCUCAUCCAGAUGGAGGACUUGGGCGGGGACUCAUCCCUCUCACAGGCGGCUAUUGGAGAGCUGCAGAUUGCCGGCGCCCAUCUGGUGGCCAAGUCCUGCCUCACUCCCUCCACCAACCAGCAAAUGGAGCCGGGCACCACCGACCAGGAGUGCACUCAGGACGGCUUUUUCAAGACGGGCGACAUUUGUGCUUACCAGAACGGCAACUUCUAUUUCCUGAGCAAAAGCAGUGACGUCUUUACCGUCGGUGGAUAUAAAGUCUACGGCUCCGAGAUCAAAAAGGUACUCAUUUCCCACCCAAACAUCAACGAUGUGGCCGUUCUGGGCAUACCCAAUAAGCUGUGGGGUCACCGACUGGGGGUUAUAUGCAUUGUGUCCCCUGAUGCAGACAUCGACCUAGACGCUAUUAAAACCUACUGCUACCGCCAUUUGCCGGCCCACAAGUGCCCCACUGUUUUCAAGACACUGGUGUCCAAGUAGGGCAAAAUUUUGCUGAGAGUAAACUGGAGCUGUCUUCUGACAGUUUCAAGGCCUUGUCCCCGUUCGAUUUUGAGUCCUGGUCUGCACAAACAGUCUGAAUUCAAUGACAAAUUCAAGUGAUUUUACGAAAUGUUCUCUUAGCGCCCUUUGUUGGCUCGCUGUAAAAUAAAGACUAUGCAUAAACAUUA